GGGACUACAACCCCCAUGAUCCCCUGCGGGGGCGGGGGAAAGCGCCACGGCGCCUGCGCGGGGGAGGCUGGCGGGGGUGGGCAGCGGCGGAACUACGCUUCCCGGCAGACAUCGCGGUGUCGCGAGACUUGGUGGCGUCCCGCGCGACUUGGCGCUAUAAGCCCGUGCGGCGCGGCGCGGGCAGCCCCUUUCGGCUUCCGCCUGGCCAAGAUGGCGCCCAAAGUGAAGAAAGAGGCUGUGACCCCGAAGACAGAAGCGAAGGCCAAGGCGCUGAAGGCCAAGAAGGCCGUCCUGAAGGGGGUCCACAGCCACAAGAAGAAGAAGAUCCGCACGUCGCCCACUUUCCGGAGGCCCAAGACUCUGCGCCUGCGGCGACAGCCGAAGUACCUCCGGAAGAGCGCCCCACGAAGAAACAAGCUUGACCAUUAUGCCAUUAUCAAGUUCCCUUUGACCACAGAAUCGGCAAUGAAGAAGAUAGAGGACAACAACACUCUAGUUUUCAUUGUUGAUGUCAAGGCCAACAAGCAUCAGAUCAAACAGGCUGUGAAGAAGUUGUAUGAUAUCGAUGUAGCCAAGGUCAACACGUUGAUUAGGCCUGAUGGGGAGAAAAAGGCUUACGUCCGCCUGGCUCCAGAUUAUGAUGCGCUGGAUGUAGCCAACAAGAUUGGAAUCAUCUAAACUGCAUCUACCAAGGACUCUACAGAUGGGAUAAUAAACCCUGUAACGCUA